AUGGCGGCUCCAGUACCUCCUCCAAUGCCCAUGGCUCCGCCCCCUCCUCCUUCUCCGCCAUAUAAGCCGACCAGAUCUCGCGAUCUACGUAUCCCGGACGACGAGUACAAGGAGGCUUCAGCACCAGCAGAUCUGAUACCCGUCCGAUACUCUGGAGAGUCACUGCUCGACACCGGCCGUGUCGUCCGCAUCACGCCCUUCAAACGGAACGUGCUCGUGACCACCCACCGCGCCCAGAUCGCCGACUUUGAAGAGGCCAAGUGGAUGAUUCAGCAUGGCGCCACUGACGUCUGGUACCAGAAGCCCAAGCGUUCAUGGCUACGUCAACAGGAAACACUUGAAGCGUCGGGGCAGGACACCGAAGAGCUUCAAGCCCUGGACAAUGCAAGACCUGUCAGCCUUGAGACUCCACGUAUAUGGGCCUCCUCUGCGCUUGUCACACCGACGGACGACGACAUCUUUGAUUGCACUGCGGGACACACCAUCGAUGAUGCCUUCUCGGGCGCCUGCCCAAUCUGCACGGAUGAGAAGAGCGAAGCGUUGGACGGAACUCCGUUGAUCUAUUAUGUUGUCCUCUCUACUUGUCAAGCUAGCGAGCCGUUCAUCCAUGGCGCUCACUUCAACGGCAGACAGAUCUACAGAUUGAUCCGAUGUGGUAGUCGAGAUGCUGCGGUGGCCGAAGCCUUCUAUGCAUCGGGCGUCAAUGGGUGGAGUGCUGCAUUCAGCUGUGUCAUGCGGGCCGAUAAUGAGCUUGAGGGAAGUGAGGAAAAGAUCAAGAGAGUUGAUGAGCUAUGGAUGCUAGGUGAAGAGGAUGAAGAGGAUGAUUGCACGAGAGUGUUCUUCUAA